AAAGAACCCCAUCUCUUCUUGAGAUUCUUCCUUCAUCCUCAUCCUCAUCUACCUCUCCCGCAUAUAUAUCAUCCCCCCCUCGACAUACUUGUCAGACCUACCUCAUUUCCGACCCUCGUCGUAUCAAGAGAAACUGCUGUUAUCUCUUGCUCGGGCCGUCAUCAGUUUCUAUUUACGACAGUCAGUGCUGACGGAUGGCUGUGCUGAAACUAUAACCCCAACCCUCUCAAUUGAGAAUCGCCAAACCAUCAAACAACCGAAAACAGACAGCUGAACCCGCUGUCUCGUUGUUGUUGGACAUCUUCCUGCCAUCUUCCAAGACGUGCAUUCCCGACUUACACGCUUCUUGACCAAGUGACGAAUUUGAUCGCCACGGUUACCCCCUUGACCUACCAAAAACAAAAACUCUUACCGAUUUCCCGGAUACACAGAUCCUUUCGAGGAAUCAUCAUCAAUAAUGUCUUCCACAUCCGACCCCGUGGCCAACCUCAAGGCUGAGGCCAGCCGUGGCCCUUCUCCCCAGCCCGCUCACUUCAGUGUUCCCCUGUCAAAUGGCAACGGCAACGGCCACCGCGUCCUGCGCUCUGCCACUGUUGGCUACAUCGCCCCUGAGUUCACCGGCAAGAAGGCCCAGAAGGAGGCCGUCAAGGACAUCAUCAAGCAGGCUGGCCUGGUCCCCGAGGCUCAGAUUGAUGAGCAGAUUGAGUGGUUCUACGAGAAGCUCGGCAUCGACGAUGUCUACUUCCACAUCGAGACCCCUGCUGUCAUCAGCUCUCACAUCACCUCCCUCUACGCUGCCAAGGUUGCUGCCUUUGCCCGCGAGGACAAGCAGGAGGAGAUCCGCAUCGACAUGGAGGCCAACGACCACGCCAUCUACAUCGACACCAGCAUUGCUGGCAAGACCAACGUCUCUGGCCCUCGCUACGAGGAGCGCCUCGAGGCCAAGUACAUCGACCACGUCGGUUCCAGCAAGUACCGUGUUGAGACCUUCCGCUCUCCCGCCGUCCUGAGCCCCGAUUCCAAGGCCACCCUGCGAUGCUACUUCGUCUACCAGUGCCAGUUCAAGACCCCCCCUGCCCAGACCGACCCCAAGGAGACCAACCUUGAGAAGAUUGCCGACCAGGGCUUCCUCCAGAAGGCCACUGCCAACACCAAGCAGAUCUACCAGGACAUCAUUGAGCUUGCCGUCGGCCGGGCUGGUCCCGUCAUUGAGGUCUUUGAUAUCGAGGACACUGACGAGAAGCGCAUGGUUCUCGCUUUCCGAUCUCGCUCUGCCCAUGGUCUCUUCUCUGCCCUGAGCGACCUCUACCACUACUAUGGCGUCACCUCCUCGCGAAAGUACCUGGAGCAGUUCUCCAACGGCAUCACCGUCAUGUCCGUCUACCUCCGACCUACUCCCCAGCUCAACGGCCAGACCGCUCAGUUCCCCUCUUACGAGGAGUCGAUUGACCAGAUCUCCAAGGAGGUCUCUCUCCUCUACUGCCUCCCCCACAACAAGUUCCACAACCUCUUCCUUUCUGGCCAGCUGAGCCUUCAGGAGUCCGUCUAUGCCCACUCCGCCUGGGUCUUUGUCCAGCACUUCCUUAACCGUCUGGGCCCCGAGUACGCCUCUCUCUCCGAGCUCCUGGAUGUCAGCAACAACACCCAGCAGGCUCUCCUCUCCAACCUUAAGCGCCGUCUCCGUUCCGAGACCUUCACCCCUGACUACAUCUAUGAGAUUAUUCAGAACUACCCCGGCCUCGUGCGCGCUCUCUACGCCUCCUUCGCCAACGUCCACCUUCUUAAGGAUCAGGAGGACCCCGUGAAGGUUGUCUCCUCCAGCCUGUCUGUCGAGGUUCUCUCCGACGAGGCUCUUAAGGACAAGAUCGCCAAGAACGUUAACAACGAGCACGAUGAGAUGGUCCUCACUGCCUUCCGCGUGUUCAACGCCGCCAUCCUCAAGACCAACUACUUCACCCCUACCAAGGUCGCCCUGAGCUUCCGUCUCGACCCCUCUUUCCUCCCUGACGUUGAGUACCCCAAGCCCCUCUACGGCAUGUUCCUCGUCAUCAGCUCCGAGUCCCGAGGCUUCCACCUUCGAUUCAAGGACAUCUCUCGUGGUGGUAUCCGAAUCGUCAAGUCUCGCAGCAAGGAGGCCUACAGCAUCAACGCUCGCAACCUCUUUGACGAGAACUACGGCCUUGCCAGCACCCAGCAGCGCAAGAACAAGGAUAUCCCUGAGGGUGGCUCCAAGGGUGUCAUUCUCCUUGACCCCAAGCAGCAGGACCGCGCCCGCGAGGCCUUCGAGAAGUACAUCGAUAGUAUCCUUGAUCUUCUCCUGCCCGCCGAGACCCCCGGCAUCAAGAACCCCAUUGUCGACCUCUACGGCAAGGAGGAGAUUCUCUUCCUGGGUCCCGAUGAGAACACUGCUGAGCUGGUUGACUGGGCUACUGAGCACGCUCGCUCUCGCAACGCCCCCUGGUGGAAGUCUUUCUUCACCGGCAAGUCUCCCAAGCUUGGUGGUAUUCCCCACGACACUUACGGUAUGACCACUCUGUCCGUCCGCGAGUACGUCAAGGGUAUCUACCGAAAGCUCGAGCUUGACCCCUCUACCAUCCGCAAGAUGCAGACUGGUGGUCCCGACGGUGACCUGGGCAGCAACGAGAUCAAGCUCGCCAACGAGACCUACACUGCCAUCGUCGAUGGCUCUGGUGUCCUCGCUGACCCCAAGGGUCUUGACCGCGAUGAGCUCCUCCGCCUCGCCAACAACCGCAAGAUGAUCAUCGAGUAUGACGCCUCCAAGCUGUCCUCUGAGGGUUACCGCGUCCUGUGCGACGAUGCCAACCUGACCCUGCCCAGCGGCGAGGUUGUCAACAACGGUACCUCUUUCCGCAACACCUUCCACCUCCGCGAGAACAGCUCUGUCGACAUCUUCGUCCCUUGCGGUGGCCGCCCUGCCUCCAUUGACCUCAUCACCGUCAACCGUCUCAUCAAGGACGGCAAGUCCCUCAUCCCCUACCUCGUUGAGGGUGCCAACCUCUUCAUCACCCAGGACGCCAAGCUCCGUCUUGAGGCUGCUGGCUGUGUCCUCUACAAGGAUGCCUCUGCCAACAAGGGUGGUGUGACCUCGUCCUCCCUUGAGGUUCUUGCCUCUCUGUCCUUUGACGACGAGGGCUUCGUUGAGAACAUGUGCCACAACGCCAACGGCGAGGCUCCUCAGUUCUACAAGGACUACGUCAAGCAGGUUCAGCUCAAGAUCCAGGACAACGCUCGUCUUGAGUUCGAGGCCAUCUGGCGUGAGCACCAGGAGACUGGUACUCCCCGAUCUGUCCUCUCCGACAAGCUCUCGGUUGCCAUUACCGACCUUGAUGAGAAGCUCCAGCACUCCGACCUCUGGGACAACGAGAAGAUCCGCCGCUCUGUCCUCAAGGAUGCUCUUCCCCACCUCCUGCAGGAGAAGAUUGGCCUUGACACCCUGAUUGCCCGCAUCCCCGACUCGUACCUCCGCAGCAUCUUCGGCAGCUACCUUGCCAGCCGCUUCGUGUACGAGUUCGGUAGCAGCCCCAGCCAGUUUGCCUUCUACGACUUGUAA